AUGAGGAGUGUCCUGGUGUUGGUCUGCCUGCUGGGGAUGGCAUGCUCCUUCUCGGUCAAGAGCUGGCUGCGGAGACCCAAGUGGGACGACUCGGAAGAGAACGCGGUUUUCAAGAACCGGCACCGGCAUUACCUGUACAGGUACAUCUACGUGUAUCCCCCGCAGCGACGGUACCAGGGCAGUGACUCAUCCGAGGAAGAGGGGGAUGGCUCGGAGGAGGAGGAAGGAGGGGGCAAGGACUGCCAAGGAACCCUGAAAGGAAUCAGGCAGAGGAUUGCCAGCAAGGGGGAAGACUCCGAAAAUGAAGACAGCGAUGAGAAUGAGGAGGAAGAAGAGGAAGAGGAAGAAGAAGUAGAUGAGAAUGAGAAUGGUGUCAAUGGCACAAGCACCAAUACCACAGAGGGUAUUGGACCUCAUGGCAAUGGCACUGUGGUGGCUGAGGAGGGCACUGGUGAAGCUGAGGAAGAGGAGGAAGAGGAGGAGGAGGAAGAAGAAGAGGAAGAGGAGGAGGAAGAGGAGGAAACCGAAGCCACCACCAUCGCAAGCACCACCAACGAAGAGGGUCUGACCCAGGCAACCACUAUGGAUGACGGGGGACCCACAGAUGCCACCACAGAUGCCACCACGGCUGGGGAGCUGUGGGAGUACGAUGUGACAGCCAGGGACCACAGUCGUGGGGAGGAGGGCACCACCGAGGCGGGGUACGAGGAGCAGGACGAGUACGCACGUGGGGACAGCUACCGGGCCUACGAGGAUGAGUACGGCUACUACAAAGGGCACGGAUACGACGUGUAUGGCCAGGAUUACUACUACAACCAGUGA